AUGCAUCCAAGAAAUAUCUAUAAGACUCCACCAAAUUUUGACAAUUUAAGGAAAUUAUAUCCAGAGUUUGCAGAAAAGAUCCAAGUCGAUGUCAAUGGGAAGAUAAAACUUGAUUUUAAGGAUCCAGAAGCAGUUAGGAUAUUGACAAAAUGCUGUUUGAAGAAAGAUUUCAAUUUAGACGUCGAUAUUCCUUCAGAUAAGCUAUUGCCAACUUUACCUUUAAGAAUUAAUUAUAUUUUGUGGAUUGAAGAUUUAUUAAUUCACUGUGGCAUUAAAGAAGAAAUAAUUGGAAUUGAUAUUGGAACUGGCGCAUGCUGUAUAUAUUGUUUAUUAUCUGUUAGAAUGAAUCAUAAUUGGAAGAUGUUUGCUCUAGAAAUUGAUAAAGAUAAUGUCAGUUAUGCAAAGGCUAAUAUUUCUAGGAAUCAUUUGGAAGAAAAAGUAGUUGUUAUAGACCAAGAAGGAAGUGACGACAUUUUUGAAAAAUUGUUUGCACUCGAUUGUCAUCAGAAGACUUUCACAAUAUGCAACCCACCGUUUUUCGGUUCCGUAAAGGAAUUGACUCAAGGAGAAAAUAGAUCAGGCAAAAGAAAGAGACAUUUUAGUCCAAUGAAAGAAUCUUUGGAAACUGUUUUUAAUGAAGGUGGAGAGAUUGGAUUUGUUACUAAAAUAUUGAAUGAAAGUUUAGUGUUGAGAAGUAAAAUUUGCAUUUAUUCAACAAUGUUUGGCUGUAAAAAGAAUUUUGAAAAUUUUUUAAUAUUAUUGAAAAGCUAUAAAAUAGACAGUUUUACAACUACGGAAUUUGUACAAGGGAAAGUUCAUAGAUGGGCUGUUGCUUGGAGUUUUUCACAAAAUUUGUCAGAUUUUGCAAAAGACGUUCCACACAAAUCACGUAAUGUGAUUCUGAAACAUGUGAUUGAUAAUGAAAAUUUUAAAGAGGUCCAUGAUCAGAUUCUUAAAGUCCUAAAUGAGUUAAAAAUUUCAAAGAAAAUCUUAAAAUCUGAGAAUGGCAAAUUAUACCAAUAUGAAUUGGAAUCAACAGAGAAUACUUGGUCAAAUCAGAGAAGAAAGAGAAGAGCUGAAAACCGGAAUGAAUCUUAUGAUAAUAUAGGAAAUACAUCCGCUCAAAAAUUAAAAAUGGGAUUUGAAAUAAAUAUGAUAGACAAAUCUAUACAAAUUAAAAUAUUUUUUGUGGAAGGAAACAUGCCAAAAGACUCUGUAAAUCAGGUUCUACAGUUCAUAAAGAAUGCUUUAAACGGAAAAUAG